AUGCUGAAGAAUCUCGGGGUAAUAAUAGCUGCGAGGAAGACGACGGCGGCGGCGGCGGCAGCCCUGCGCGGUUUGUUAUUUCGUCGCUCUGGUAGUGGUGUUGUCGCGACCAUCCCCUGUCGAGGUCUGCUUACGUUUGCUAUUGAGACGUCUUGUGAUGACACUUCGGUAGCGAUCGUGGAAGAACAUGCCAAUGCCCUCCCCUCCUCCUCCUCACGGAAGCCUGCCGCCGCAACAAUCCACUUUCUUGAGAACAUCACUGCCGACACGAGGCAGUACCGCGGAAUCCACCCAAUUGAAGCGCUUCAGUCGCAUCAGAAGAACCUCGCGAAGCUGGUCGACAAAGCUCUGAAACACCUUCCAACAGAAUCGCCGGAAAAUGAGACUGCAGCGAACAAAAAUCCUAAUGCGCGAGGCGUCGGAAGACGUCGUCUGCCGGAUUUUGUUGCCGCCACGAGAGGUCCAGGAAUGCGGUCGAAUCUCUCUGUCGGCCUGGAUACGGCCAAGGGGCUUUCUGUGGCAUGGCAGAUCCCGUUCGUAGGAGUCCAUCACAUGCAGGCGCAUCUGUUAACCCCCCGACUGGUGUCCGCUUUGAAGGCGGAGAAGAGCCCAGAACAUGACAUGGCAGCGACACCGGCACCGCUGCAGCCCGACUUCCCGUUUCUCUCCAUCCUCGUCUCGGGCGGUCAUUCGAUGCUGGUCAAAUCCAAAUCGGUCACCGAUCACGAGAUCUUGGCAACAACGGCGGACAUCGCAAUGGGCGAAACACUCGACAAGUCGGCGCGGCUGAUCCUUCCCGAAUCGCUCCUGCAGACUGCAAAGAAUACAAUGUAUGGAAAAAUGCUGGAGCAGUUUGCGUUCCCCGAUGGCGCUAGGGACUAUGCCGAUUACCGGCCGCCGAUGACCCGUGGUGAGGAGCAGAUCAAGCGCGAGAGCCCCUGGGGAUGGUCCAUCACUACUCCGUUUGCGAAUACCCGUCAGCUGCAGUUAAGCUUCUCCUGUGUCUCCAGUACAAUAACUCAUAUCACGUCGAAGAAGGCACAGAAUGGACAGGCGAUAUCCCACGAUGAACGAGUAGCUCUUGCGCGGGAGGCGAUGCGCGUGUGCUUCGAGCACCUUGCAUCCCGGACCAUCAUCGCACUGGAAGCUGAGAGACAAAAGAGCUCGGGCAAAGAAGAGAAGAUCAAAACUCUGGUCGUUAGUGGCGGCGUUGCUGCCAACCAAUUCCUGAUGACGGUACUUCGCUCGUUCUUGGAUAUUCGUGGAUUCCAGCAUGUCGAGAUAAUCGCGCCACCACCCUACCUGUGCACAGAUAAUGCCGCUAUGAUUGGAUGGGCUGGGAUCGAAAUGUUUGAAGCAGGAUGGUCCACCGACCUUAGUGCCCGGGCGCUAAGAAAAUGGAGUCUCGAUCCGCAGUCGGACGACGGCGGGGUCUUGGGACCUGACGGUUGGAUAAGGAAUAAAAGCGCGAGUGAAAGUACAGCAUAA